ACUUGGAUGGUUGAUGGUUGUUGACUGAAUUACCAUUGUGAUUGUCUAGAUUCACACUGGGAGUCCUUGUCCCCCUCGGAUUGGUAAAAAGCCUAUUUGCUGUUGCCAGUUGGGUGUUCAUGAAGAAAGUGGAUGAUGAGCCGAAGGUGGUUGUCGUCACCGGCGCCAGCAGCGGCAUCGGCGCCGCCCUGGCCCUCGAAUACGCCCGCCCCUCCACACACAUCCACAUCAUCGCCCGCAACAAAGAGCGUCUCGACAAAGUCGCCCACGCCAUCCACCUCGCCGGUGGCACACCGCACAUCCAUCAACUCGACCUGUCCCUCCCCUCCCCUCAACCCAUCACGGACCUCAUCAACCGCAUCGACGCAGAGCACGGCGGCAUCGACCUCGUCAUCCCAGCUGCCGGCAACAUCGGCCUCGGCGAGGACGGGGAGGGUGAAACCAAAUGGGACGCCGCGAUGGCGGAGAAGAUGGUAGAUCUGAACGUCCGCGGCGCCGCGCGAGUCAUCUUUGCGGCCUGGGAACGGAUGAAGGAACGCCGAAAAGGCAAAAUCUGCGUGAUUGCCAGCAUCGCUGCGUGGGGCGGGCCCGGGAACUUUGCGCUGUAUUGCUCGUCCAAGGCGUAUUUGUACCGGUUUGCGCUGCAUCUGCGUCAGAUCUCCAUCCCGUACAAUAUUCAGGUCACCACCGUCUGCCCCGGCCUAAUCGACAGCGCAAUGACAACCUCGAUGCGCAAGCUCGGCUCCAUCGUGCCCAAACCCCUGCACAGCUCGCCCGCGAAACUGGCCGUGCAUGUCAGGAAAGCGGUGAAGGAGAACCGUGGGGUGACGAGCUGGCCGUACCACCAAGGUGUCGCGCAGUAUGCGUUCAGGGGCCUGAAUCCGGUCUGUGAGGAGAUUGCGGUCUGGGUCGGGGUUGUGAGUGGGGGUGCUAGUGAUGUUUUGACCUAAGGGUCACACCUGAAGGUUGGGUUUGGAAUCGUGUCGAUCGGGGUUUGGGUUAGGCCCGAGAAAGUGGG